GGCCAUGGUACCCGUUGUUGGUUAGUUUUUCAUGCUUUCUUUACCUAAUAAUGCCAAUACUGAUGCCGGACAGGAGGUCUCGCGACUUGUUGGCCAGUAUUGCGUUUCAACGGUAUUCCGUCGUGGGAGUGUUCAGUCUUCUUGUUCCGGUGGUUGGUAGGGUGGUAAGGAAGUCAUUCUUGAGCGGGGCGAAGGAGGUUCUGUCAUUUUGACGAGAGGGCGGUUCCUUGAGGUCUCGGAGCUCAUCGAAUCUUGAUCGAAUCUUCUAUUCUCCUUCCCAACUCAUACCGAA